AUGCACAGCAGCAGCCUCAGACAUGGAAUGCUGAGCACAUCCAAGAGAGACUUGGAAAUCUACAGGUCGUCUCUGUCUCUUGUAAAAUCUACAGACGAACAAACACGGUUGUUCUCGCUGUGGGAGGAGCGGCGCAGGCUGGCUCUGCUGGCAGAGUGGUUUCAUCACCAGCGCUGCGUUCUCAAGGUGACCUCGUUCACACACUGGCCGGGGCAGCAGCAGGAGAGCAGGAGAGUGUUUCUGUGCAGCGCUGCGACGGAUGGGAGCAUUGCAUUCUGGGAUAUCACUGAGGCGGUGGAGGGAGGGAGUCUGGAGGAGGAUGGUGGCGCCCCCCAGCGGAAGGGGCUGGGCAGCCCCUUUCUGACUGUGCGGCUGCACCAGAGUGGGGUGAACAGCCUGGAUAUCCUGGAGACGGAGACUCCAGGGCGCUACCUGCUGGCCAGUGGUGGUGAUGACGGCUCCCUGCAGCAGGGGGCAGUGUUAGUGAAGUCCCAGGACCGGCUCAAGGUGCCUCGCUUUCCUGUGAUUCGGAUCAGAACCGAGCAGACAGCAGAGAAAGCCUCCAGUAAGCAGGUCUCCUUCCCUGCCCGCUCAGCCUCGCAGCCGCCACAGCGCCCCUCGCAGGGCAGGAGGAGGAAGUGCGUUCCUGUGCUCAGUGUGGAGAUGAGCCCCUGGGGGGGUCCCUCCUUCUCCGAAUCCUCGUUCACAACCAUCCCCCCCCCCCCCCCCCGAGAGGAGAGAGAGAAGGAUAGAGUGCCCCCUGCUGGGCAGGACACGGGGAGCAGGGGCAGAGCCCCCAGGAAGCCCCCCCUUCGCCCCCGGCUCCACACAGCCAGGCUGCCCCACCUCCGCUCCGUCUCCAACCUCAGCUUCAGCCGCAGCUUCACCUUCUCAUUCUUUGAGCUGCCGGAGCACCAGACCCUGCAGCACAGACUGGAGAGGCAGAGAGAGGUACACCUGCUACUGAGGGAGCUGCAGCUCUGAGGAGAGGAGAAAGAGAGGAGAGAGAGGAACCUGCUACUGAGGGAGCUGCAGCUCUGAGGAGAGGAGAGAGAGGAACCUGCUACUGAGGGAGCUGCAGCUCUGAGGAGAGGAGAGAGAGGAACCUGCUACUGAGGGAGCUGCAGCUCUGAGGAGAGGAGAGGAGAAGAGAGAGAGGAACCUGCUACUGAGGGAGCUGCAGCUCUGAGGAGAGGAGAGAGAGAAGAACCUGCUACUGAGGGAGCUGCAGCUCUGAGGAGAGGAGAAAGAGAGGAGAGGAGAGACAGGAACCUGCUACUGAGGGAGCUGCAGCUCUGAGGAGAGGAGAGAGAGGAACCUGCAGCUCUGAGGAGGAGAUCAAAUCUUUCUUCAGGUCUGUGAGGAUGAGAAGGUCUCCACAGUCUGGAGUCUGGUCUCUGACAGGCUCAACAUACCUGUCAAUCAACAUGGACUCCUCUACAAAGGCAAGGCGCUGGCAGGAUUACGAGCGGAGGCUGCGCUUGUUGAGCCUGGAUGAUAUGGAGCGGCUGGCGACCUGCAUGCUUCACCCUGAGGCUGUGGAGUGCAUGGAGCUGUCCUUCCUAGACUGAGGAAUACUGCUGCUGCCCUCUCCACCUCUCCCCUCUCUUCUCCCCUCUCCCCUCUCUCCUCUCCUCUUUACUCUCUCCUCCCCCUCUCCUCUCCUUACUUCGUUUAAAAGAAUAGAAGCACACCCAGUGAGCAAGGCAUUGAGCAGCCCCACAUCCCGCUUCACAAUACCGCUACAUAUUGACUGACUGUUUGCAUUGUGUGUGUUUGGUAAGACAAACCACAUUUUCUACUUCUACUUUCUACGAUUGGGCAAGUCAGCGGUUGUUUGAUAACAGAACAUAAAACAUCACAGAGUGGGUUGAACUGCGUUGCUGCAAAUCAAGGCCCUUUAAAAUGUGUACCUUCCCAGCUCAGGUAUUGCUGAGGUAAAGAGACACUUCCUACAGGAGAACAGGACGUUGUCAAGGAGGGGAUGUCGUCACGUGUCCUGAGGGCUUUCUUAAAAACAUUGUUUUAUUAUUUCUAAGCGUACGUUGUUACUGCCUUUUAGCUCUUGAGCAUAAUAAUCUCAAUCCCGUUUGAAAUUACACUAAGUGCAUUUGCAUGGUGCAGAUGAGGGAUGUCGCUUCACUCGAGACUUGCGUACUGAUGAAGAUGUAGUUUCAGUGUUUAAUGCUCAUCCCCCUCAGUGUGUGUCUGUAUGUUCUUGUCUCUUGACAGGUCUGUGAGGAUGAGAAGGUCUCCACAGUCUGGAGUCUGGUCUCUGACAGGCUCAACAUACCUGUGAAUCAACAGGGACUCCUCUACAAAGGCAAGGUGCUGGCAGGAUUACGAGCGGAGGCUGCGCUUGUUGAGCCUGGAUGAUAUGGAGCGGCUGGCGACCUGCAUGCUUCACCCUGAGGCUGUGGAGUGCAUGGAGCUGUCCUUCCUGGACUGAGGAAUACUGCUGCUGCCCCCCCCCCUCUCUCCUCCCCCUCUCCUUUCCACCUCUCCCCUCUCUCCUCCCCAGGCAGGGGAGGUGAGGAGAGGGAGGAGAGAGAGGAACCUGCUACUGAGGGAGCUGCAGCUCUGAGUCGAGAGGGAGGAGAGAGAGGAACCUGCUACUGAGGGAGCUGCAGCUCUGAGGAGAGGGAAGAGAGAGGAACCUGCUACUGAGGGAGCUGCAACUCUGAGGAGAGAGAGGCAGUAGAGAGAGAGGAACCUGCUACUGAGGGAGCUGCAGCUCUGAGGAGAGGAGAGGAGAGAGGAACCUGCUACUGAGGGAGCUGCAGCUCUGACGAGAGAGGAGCGGAGAGAGAAACCUGCUACUGAGGGAGCUGCAGCUCUGAGGAGAGGAGAGAGAGGAACCUGCAGCUCUGAGGAGGAGAUUAAAUCUUUCUUCAGGUGUUGUUAUUUUGAUAUAGUUUUGAGGUUGAAUAUUUCAGUCCAGGUUUGAAGCACUCACUCUUCAUUACUGAUAUUUAAAUCCAGAAGAAACACAAAAUAAAUAAAAAUCUGUGUUGAA